CCGAAACUCCCACAGAGAGAAAAGGAAAACGAUAAAGCAGAGAGAGAGAGAGAGAGGAGAGAGAGACAUAAAAAUGAUGGAGAGAGAAGAACAAGAAUAAUAAAAUUCACCCCAAGGAGGUGGUGGUAGUAUCCCCAAUUCAAUUCAAAACCUGCCAUCUCCGAUCUAAAAUUCACCCCCAAAAAAUGGUCAUGCGAGGCGGCCGGACACCGGCGCCAAGAAACGAUGCCGUCGCCGCCUCAGACCCUGAUCACCCAAUCGGACCAUCGAGGAACGCCGCCGUUUCUCCCCCGGAUCACCAGCCCAAAUACAGGGGCGUCCGGAAGCGGCCUUGGGGCAGGUUCGCGGCCGAGAUCAGGGACCCAAUCAAGAAGACCCGGGUGUGGCUCGGCACCUUCGACUCCGCCGCAGAAGCCGCCCGCGCCUACGACUCCGCCGCCGUCUCCCUCCGCGGGUCCAAGGCCAAGACCAACUUUCCCCUUUUGCCCCUCCCUAUCCCCGAUAUUAUUACCAACUCGAACGACCACCCGAUCCACAACAACGACAACAAUCACGUCCAAUCACGUCCCGCCACGAGUAGCCUCAGCAGCACCGUGGAGUCGUCCAGCGGGCCCAGGCCCUCGGUUCCGCCGCGGUCGAUGAGGGCGGCUCAGCAACAGCACCGGUUCAAACCACCGGUUCGGCCGGAGGAGUGCCGGAGCGACUGCGACUCGUCGUCUUCGGUGGUCGACGAUUGUUGUCAGAACGAUCCCACGUCGAGGUUUCAGAAAUCUGUAGUGUUUCCGUUCGAUCUCAACCUGGCGCCGCCGGCGGACGCCGGCGACGACGAUGAUUUACACGCCACGGUCCUGCGCCUCUAAAUGGAUCUGUUUUUGUACUAUUAUUGUUUGUUUGUUUCCAUUUUUUCUUUUUUCGUAUAGGGGAUUAACAAAAAUCCGAAAGGGAAGAAAAAAAUCACGAUCCAUUUGGGUGCUGGGACAUGGGUUUUUCCUCUCUUGAUCUGAUUCUUCUUACCCAUCUUUGUACACAAUUAUUACUAGUAUAAUUUUUGGGGUCAAUUUUCCCUUUUUGUUA